AUGGCGGCGGCGGCGGCGCCGACGCUUCCUGUAGCCAAGACGGCACCGGAUCUGGAGGAAAUCGAUCUGAUUAGCUCUCUCCCCGGUGAGAUCCUCAGCAUAAUCAUAUCUCUCCUCCCCAUCGACGACGCCGUGCGCACCACAUCCCUCUCCCGCCGCUGGCGUCCACUAUGGCGCUCCUCCCCGCUCAACCUCGACAUCCUCCACAUCGACGGAUGCGGCCGCGACCGCGUCGCCGCCGUGUCCAAGAUCUUCUCCGAGCACCCCGGCCCCGCUCGCCGCUUCUUAACCAACUGCGUCCAAAUCCCCGACCCCGACGGCUGGCUCAGGUCGCCCGCUCUCCGAGAUCUCCAGGAGAUCGACCUGUGGCUCUCUAAGUGGGAGGCUCCGAUGCCGCUGUCCAUCCUGCGCUUCGCGCCGACCCUACGUGUGGCCAGAUUCGGUUGUUGCAGGUUCUUUCAGGAGGAAGACGCGCCGCCGUCGUUUAACUUCCCUUGCCUUGAGAAGCUCACCAUGAGAAUCGUUUCCGUACGGGAAGACACCCUCGACCGCCUGCUCGCUGGCUGCCCUGUCCUCGAGAGCUUGCUGCUGGACAGGUGCAGGGGCUUCUGCUACCUGCUCAUCAAUUCAGCGACUCUCCGGAGAAUCGCCGUCGAUGAACCUCCGCAUCCCUAUCACCUAGUCAUAGAAAAUGCCCCCAGACUAGAAAGAUUGAUCAGAACUGAUCUUCAUCCAGAGUCCAGUAUCUGGCUAAUCAAGGCACCCAAACUUGAGAUCCUAGGCUCCAUGGCAGAUGACAUCGCUAAACUCAAGAUUGUGUCUUCAAUUUCUCAGGGAAUGGCGGUUGCAGGCAAUUUGAAAGCACUGACACACAGCCUCAAGGUUUUGCAUCUCACAUCUAGUGGCCCUAAUCUUGAUGCAGCUAUAGUCUUCCUAAAGAAAUUUCCUUGCUUGGAGAAGCUCUACAUCACGUCAUGUCCAGGAAAUGAUAUGGAGAAUGUGCAUCAUCUUAAUCCACAAGAUCCUAUUGAAUGCCUCAAUCAUCUCAGAGAAGUAGAGUUAAAUUUUUAUGUCGGCACCAGAUCAGAGGUUAACUUUGCUAAGUUCUUUCUCCUGAAUGGUAAAGUUCUCAAGUUAAUGAGAUUUGGUGUCAAGGACCAAUAUACUGAUGAAUGGAUAGCUGAUCAACACAGUCAGCUGCAUGUUGACAGUAGGCCUUAUCCAAAUGCUCGACUUGAAUUUGAAGCUGCUCAUGAUCCUGAUAAUUUUGCUUGUGCCAGCCUUGACCACAUUCUGUUCUCGACAGAUCCCUCUAGUAGACCUUGUGAAAUUUGUGGAAAAGGUUGACUAGAUUGUUGUCCCCCCUCAGCUUUUGUGGCAUGUCUUUUCACCGUGCAAAACUGGAGACAUGGCACUUUGGACUUGUGUGUAAUGCUUUAGAGAUUUUCAUGCUACUAUUGUACUUGUCAUAUUAUAGAGAUUAAGAGAUGUGUCAUGUGUUUGGCAUGCUAAACUGUAAAUGAUCGCAACCUACUUGUUCACUUUGAUUCAGCA